AUGGGUGAUAAAACUGAUCCUUCUAUGACUCUGAUUAACAAACUUGAUGCUAGUGACCCAUUAUAUCUCCAUGCUAGUGAGUCUAGUGGGCUCACAAUAGUUAGUAUAAAAUUAAAAGGGACUGAGAAUUAUGUGGUCUGGUCAAAUGCUAUGAAACUUGCUCUAAUGGCUAUAAACAAAUUAGGUUUUAUUGACGGAACAUGUGCUAAGUCUAAAGACAAUGAUGUCCUUGCUAUCUAUUCAAAACUUGCUUCAGAAGUCUGGGAUGAUUUAAAAGAUACCUAUGAUAAAGUUGAUGGGUCUGUUGUGUUUAGCUUAUAUCAGAAAAUCAAUUCUGUUAGUCAAAAUGGCUCUAGUGUGUCUGAGUAUUAUCAUAAAAUAAACACUAUGUGGAAACAAUUUGAUGCCAUGUUACAGUUGCCCUCUUGUACUUGCAAUGCUUCUACUAAGUUCAAUGAGUUCAAUCAGUUAAUCAAACUUAUGCAGUUCUUGAUGGGUCUAGAUGAUAUUUAUCAACCUGUUAGGACAAAUUUGUUGAUUAGGGAUCCUCUACCAACUAUCAAAACUGCCUUCUCUAUCAUUUCUAGAGAAGAAUCUCAUAGAGGAUCAAAUAGUGGGUCUAAAAUUCCAAAUGUUGGGUUUGUUGCCAAGUUAUGUAAUUUUAAUGACAACAAGAAAAGGUUUAACAAAGGUCCUAAUCCUAAUCUUAAAUGUACUCAUUGCAAUAAAAUUGGGCAUACUAUUGAUAAAUGUUUUGAGCUGCAUGGCUAUCCUACCAAUUAUAGACAAAAACCUAAUCAAAAUGGUCAAUGGUCUAGGUCUAAUAGUUCUGCUAAUAACAGUAAUGGCCCUUCUGUGAACAACUCUGUGUGUGAUAAAAGUGCUAGUUCCUUGAAUACUCUGUCUGCUGAUCAGUUUUCUAAGUUGCUAGGGUUGCUGAAUGAAAAUAAAACAGAAGACAUUAAUAAGCCCAAUGUAGGAGAUGCUAAAGUUACUAAAAUUGGAUGUUUUAAGCUCUCAGAUUCUGUGAUUUUAAAAGAUGUCUUUGUUGUGCCUGAAUACUAUGUGAAUCUCAUUUCUGUGUAUAAGUUAGCUAAAGACAACAAGCUUAGAGUUAUAUUUGAUGAAAAUACUUGCUACAUUCAGGAUUCAUGCACAAAGAAAACCCUGGUGACUGGUAGACAAACUGAGGACAACUCUGAUAAACUAGAGGAACAAGCUGAAAAAUGUGUUUUUAUGGGGUACUCUAACUACAAAAAGGGGUAUAAGGUCUGGAGUUUAGACCAAAGAAAUUUCAUUUUUCCAGAGACGUCAGUUUUCCCCUUUAAAAAUAACUCUCCUGAUCAAAUCAAUACAAAUCUUUUAAACCAACUAAACUUUUUUGAUAACUUUGAAACUUCAAGUGAUACAAAUCCUGAUGAUGAAGAGAAGGGUGUCCCUGAUUCUCCUGUUGAGACUCAGCAACACAGUGACGAGGCUAAAUUCACUGUUGUUAGUGAUGCUCAUCAUGAGUCCAUAAGUGCUGAACCUGGUCCUGUGAGGGCUGAGUCAAGCAGUUCCAAUGAUGAAUCAAACCUUCCUGAGGGUACUCAAACCAUUAGGAGAUCGUCUAGACCUGUGUCUGCCCCAAAAAGGUGUAAUGACUUUGUAGUUGGACACGCUAAGUAUAGUUAUGAUAAAUUUGUUGAUUACUCCAACUUGCCUAGAGAAAAUAUCUAUUUGGCUGCUAAUGUUAACAAAAUUGUUGAACCAUCCACCUAUAAAGAUGUCGUUAAGGACAAAAGGUGGAUUGAUGCUAUGAAUGAAGAGCUAUCAGCUCUUCACAGAAAUAAUACCUGGGAAAUAGUUGAUCUACCUAGUGGAAAAAACACCCAUUUAAGGUCAAAUAUAAAUCCAAAGGUGAGAUCAAUAGAUUUAAGGCUAGGCUCGUUGCUAAAGGAUUUAACCAACGAGAGGCUUGAUGUUAAUAAUGCCUUCCUUUAUGGGCAUCUUAAGGUAGAAGUUUAUAUGAGUCUUCCUGAUGAUCUAAGUGUCAAGCACCAAAACAAAGUUUGCAAAUUGAACAAGUCCUUGUAUGGCCUCAAACAGGCCCCACGCAUGUGGAAUGAAAGGCUUGUUCAAGCCCUUGUUAAAAUUGGUUUCGUUCAGUCCAAGUGUGAUCAUUCUAUGUUUAUCAUGUCUAAAAACGACGUCUUUGUUGUCUUGCUAGUCUACGUUGACGACAUUGUUCUAAUUGGGAACAAUGAAGGAAACGUGAAUGAGGGUGUGUCUUUCACAAAGAAAAUACUGCAUGGACCUUUUAAAUGA